ACCCGCCGCUCGCUGCAGCGGGCGCAUGCGCAGCUCUUCAACGGCGAGGCUUGCGGGAAAGAUGGAGUGUUCUACGCCUGGUACUACGGAGGCUGCGGACUCUGGAGGGGCUGGACAGUACAGCUCCGAGGAACAAGAGGGUCGGGAACCGGACGGAGUCCACUUCGACCGCGAGAGGGCGCGCCGCCUGUUGGAAGCGGUGUCCGGUGCUCAGCCGGCGGGGAGGGAGGAAGUGGAGCACAUGAUCCAGAAGAACCAAUGUCUCUUCACCAACACCCAGUGUAAAGUUUGCUGCGCCAUGCUGAUUUCUGAGUCCCAGAAGCUGUCACAUUACCAGAGCAAAAAACAUGCCAACAAAGUGAAGAGCUACCUAGCAAUCCAUGGAAUGGAGACACUAAAGGGGGACGUGAAGAGGUUAGACUCAGAUCAGAAGAGCAGCAGAAGCAAAGACAAGAACCACUGCUGCCCCAUCUGUAACAUGACCUUUUCCUCCCCUGUUGUGGCACAGUCGCACUACCUGGGGAAGACCCACGCAAAGAACUUAAAGCUGAAGCCGCAGUCCACUAAGGGGGCAGCUCUGUCGAAACACCUUACAAAUCCUUUCCUUGUGGCCUCCACCUUAGCCUUGCACCAGAAUAGAGAGAUGCUAGACCCAGACAAGUUCUGCAGCCUCUGCCAUUCAACCUUCAACAACCCUGUCAUGGCUCAACAACAUUAUAUGGGCAAGAAACACAGGAAGCAGGAGACUAAGCUCAGACUCAUGGCGCACUAUGGGCGGCUGGCAGACCCUGCUGUCUCUGACUUACCAGCCGGGAAGGGCUAUCCCUGUAAGACGUGUAAGAUAGUGCUGAACUCCAUAGAACAGUACCAAGCUCACGUCAGUGGCUUCAAACACAAGAACCAGUCACCCAAAACAGUGGUGUCACCUAUGAGCCAGAUGCCAGAGCAAACGCAGCCCACUCCAAAGGACUCGAGUGUGGUGGAAGACUAGAGAUGUCUCUGCCUGGUCACCUGGUCAGCCUUGUUGGAACAGCCACAAGCCAGUUCCCUGUGAUUGUGGAGCCCUUGGCUCCCUCUUCCUCCUUUCUAAUAUCAGAAGAAUAUGGAGGCAUGAGGCCAAACUGGGUUGCAGACAAUCUCUGACUGGGCCUGGAUGGAGCGCCCCCUAGCCUCCUCUUUAGCAUGACCCUACAGGUCAUGUAGGAGACAGGGCUCCAGAGAAGACCUGAGGUGGUGGUUUAGAGGUUAGCCUUCCCUAGCCCCUCUGGGUACACAUCCUGCAGUCCCAGUAUCUGUUUUUCCGCUCAAGGUCAGUGUGGAGCAAGUUCCUACAGACAGAGGAGAGCACCAUCUCUGGGCUCCAGGCAGCUCCUGAAGACUUCGUCAGGGCAGCAAACCAGAGACUGAGUGGCUGCCAUGUAGAGACUUGGAGCUAAUGUGUCACUUCCCACCCCUCAGAUGUGCAGGCUUGCCUGGUGUAGAUCCUGCCGCCGUGAAGUCUCCUGGAACACACAUGUAGUCCUAACAGCACUGCCAUCUGCUGCCCGUCUCUCCAGGUCCCAAAUGGUGCUCGUAGGCAUCUGCAGUAGCUCGGAGCUUGAGGAGACCUGAGUGCCCUGUGGGAUCAUGGGAUACACCAAAGGGAGCCUUUGUCAUUUAUCAGAGGUGCUGUGACCCAGGGUUGUGUGAGAAAGUCUCCCACCUGCUGUGUUCCUUGACCCUGUGCCCUUAAAGGCAAACUGCCUCCUGCCAGCCUGUUGGAAGGCUGCUUGGUGUUAGUUCUGUGCCCUUGUGUAGUAGACUAUACCCCCGGGUUGCUGUGGUGCUAUCCUUCCCUUGUCAUCUUCAAGGAGAUUUGGGGGACCCAGGAGGAGGACUGGAGAAAUGGUGUGAGGAAAAGGGCCCCAGGCCCUGAACUGAGAGUUUUCUACUGGUGUUUUGUGGCCUGAGAAUCCACUGAGAGUAGUUUAUUUGCUUGUUUGUUUGUUUGUUUUCCACAUAGCUGUGGAACAAGGAUUCUAGGAAGUAUCCCUUCACUUGUUAAUGAAGUUGGGUACCAUAUAGGAAUGGGGGCGGGACUUUAACUUAAACCUUUGGCCACUCAAUCAUCCAAAUAAAGAAUUUCUUCCGUGAACCAAGCUGUAACUUCAGAUCUAGGGAUUAUAGCCAGCCAUGUUGAUACUACUAUAAUAACUCCCCCACCCCCACCCCAGUCAGUAGCCUCCAGGGCCCUUGGUAUUGAUCUUACCCCAGGAAAAGUCUACCUGGUGUCCUAAACCCAGCCCAGUUCAUUGACCCAGCCACCUCCAUCUUUCAUGGUGGCCUCCUGAAGGUCUUGAGAAAAUCUAAUUUGGAAUCUGAUUUGUUCUUGAGAUGGUCAUUCUGGCUGCUGAGUGGAGACUGUCCAUAGGCUGUCUCUGGGGUCAUCCCUUCAGGAUAUCUGCACCAACCUCAUGGCCAGGAUUCUGUGUUAACUUCUGAGCUUCUGAGUGAUUGGGUGAGAGUGCUGAAGGACAGGUGUCCUUUCCCUGCUCAGGGUGAUGAGCCAGAGGCGUUUCCACGAGCUUCUCAUAGGCCUUGGUCCUUUUAAGAGCCUUUUGUGUGGCUUGGAAAUGAUGGGAAAGGGAGCUCCGGCCUUGGAAACGGAUGCAGAUGGGCCAGACCAGGUAGCCUCAGGUCCAGUUCUCUGCAGCUUUCUGUUCUGGGCGCCUGCCCCUAGCCAGCUAUGAGAGGCUCUUCUUAGCUCCUAGAGUAGGUUCUCAGCUUUCCGCUUCCCAACCAUGGGCCGAUGCAGUUUCCCCAGAAUUGUAUGCAGCCCAGUGUGUCAGAAUUAGUAAAGAUUACUAGGUAAAGAUGUGAAGGGGAAGUCAUGGAUGGGCUGACCCGCGUGAGCCCUCGCCUUAUAAGACCUCUUUGUCUAGAGUCAGGAGUCCCUACCAGCUCACGUCCAGCACCACUGCUGUGGAGCCCUAGGGAGGCUCACCCUUGAAAAUCUGAGUUAUAGAGAGUUAUAGCGGGCAUCUGGGAAUGCCCCGGACAUGAGCGCUACCAGCCUGGAGUAUGAAAAGACUGAGAAAUGAACAUCUGGUCUGUAUAACUUUUGAGGUUUUCCAGUUUGUCUGAAGUAGCCAGGCUAGCCUUGAACUGCUGGUCCUCCUGCCUCCACCUCCCUAGACCUGGGGUGAAAGGCGUGUGCCAUCACAUCCAGCUUCAUCUGUUACUGUGUAUGUGAGGGGACAGGGUCUGUAGACCAGGCUGGCCUCAAACUCAGAGAUCCGCCUGCCUCCACCUCCUGAGUGCCGGGAUUAAAGGUGUGUGCCACUGCCACCACCUACAAGAAGUUCAUUUUUUUUUAAAUGCUAUCUAGUAAUCCUUUGAAUCUGUUACAACCGAGCCUUUCUACUGUUGAACAGUUGUGUUUCUCCUUGAAGGUCAUUCCAAAUAAAGCUGCUGUCAAUUUGG